AUGAGAACUAAAAACCCUAUGGCUAAAAAACCCCAACAAAUAUUGUUUUCGAAAAACAUUUACACACCACCAAGAACUAAAACAGAAAACUGGGAUUAUGCUAUGCACGCUGAGAAGAAAGACAAUUAUGUAUACCGUGAUGGAUUAAGUAACCAUAUUAGUACUUACACACGCUGGGGUACAGAGGACCAGGGGUGUCGUAUGACUGAAACACGUCACAUGUUAGCACAAGUUUUUGGUAAAACUGUCCCGGUCUACGCCUUCAAGCCCCUCGUUAAUUUUACAUCGUAUCCAUGCACAGAUACGCCAGGAAGAAAUAAAUUAAUGAAAAUAGCCAACUUACCACAGCUACCCGAUGAUUUUGGAGUGAUGGACUACGUAUCGACUCAACAAGAUGAUUAUAGAAACCCUUACCCGGGAGUAACCAAACCGUUAACUAUGUCAACUCCUCCAUGGCUUCUCAAUCGCAUCAUCCGCUCAGACCUCACUCAAAACUACAGCGCCGCACCACCACGUGGAGACUAUCAGUGCUUAGACACCCAUACUCCAAUCGGUCAUAUCAGACAAUUGAAAUUGUUCCGAUAUCAAUCUUUUGAUCCAGCAACUUGUCUACAAGAUUUUCCUAGAUUAACCAAGUCAUUGGAUACUAAUGAAAAGAAAUAA